AUGCCACCAAAAGUUCAACAAUCAAAAGCUGCUAAGGCUGCCGCCGCCAUGGCCGGUGGUAAAAAAUCAAAAAAGAAGUGGUCCAAGAAAUCCGUCAAAGAUAAAGCUCAACAUGUUGUUGUUCUUGAUCAAGAAAAAUAUGACCGUAUCAUGAAAGAAGUACCAAACUACAGAUAUAUCUCAGUCUCUGUUUUGGUCGAUCGUCUUAAAAUUGGUGGUUCAAUUGCAAGAGUAGCCAUCAAACAAUUGGAAAAUGAAGGUGUCAUCAAACCAAUCUCAAGACACUCAACUCAAUUAAUUUACGCUCGUGCCGCUGGUAUUGACUAA